GAACAGUUCUGCAGCCUGAGCUCUGAAGGUUGCCACCCCAGAAACCCUAAAAGAGUAAAGAGGAAGAAACGAUGGAGAAUGAACCAGAGAGAAAGAAGAAGAGAAUACCUGUUCUAUCAUGGAUGAGAGAUCCCAUUGACGUCAAUCUUUCAAAUAAAUGUCCUCUCAAAUACAUACCUUCUCUUGACCCAAGGUUAACGGUGGCUUUACAGAAUACUGGAAUUACUUCACUGUUUCCUGUACAAGUUGCAGUUUGGCAUGAGACAAUUGGACCUGGUGGUUUCGAAAGAGAUCUUUGUAUAAAUUCACCAACAGGAAGUGGGAAAACUCUUGCAUAUGCUUUGCCAAUUGUGCAAGCAUUGUCAACUCGUUCUGUUAGAUGUCUUCGUGCUUUAGUAGUGUUGCCAACUCGUGACUUAGCUUUGCAGGUUAAAGAAGUUUUUGCUGCUAUUGCACCGGCAGUAGGACUAUCAGUAGGUCUGGCUGUGGGUCAAUCAUCAAUUGCUCAUGAAAUUUCAGAGCUCAUUAAGAAACCAAAAUUUGAGGCUGGCAUCUGUUAUGACCCUGAAAUCUUUCCCAUUGGUCUAGAGAGCUCAGUCGAUAUUUUAGUGGCAACACCAGGAAGGCUGAUUGAUCAUAUCAACUCCACAAAAGGUUUUACUCUGGAGCAUCUUUCCUAUCUUGUGGUUGAUGAAACAGAUCGAUUAUUGAGGGAAUCGUAUCAAUCAUGGUUGCCCACUGUUAUUCAAUUGACACGUGCCAAUACUGAAGCUCUAUUUCCUAGUCCCAAACCUUUUCUUCCAUCGGCGUUUGAUUCUCUUCGGACCAUAAGGAGAUGUGGUAUUGAAAGGGGAUUUAAAGGUAGAGUGUAUCCUCGAUUUGUGAAGAUGGUCUUAUCAGCAACACUAACACAAGACCCAGGCAAGCUUUCUCAGCUAGAUUUGCACCAUCCUUUAUUCUUGACAACUGGAGAGAGACGUUAUCAGUUACCUGAACAACUAAGAUCCUUGAACUUGAUUUGUGAACCAAGUCUUAAACCUCUUUACUUGGUAGCCCUUCUACAGACUUUGAAAGGGGAGAAGAGUAUUGUUUUCACAUCAUCUGUGGAGUCAACGCACAGACUGUGUACAUUAUUGAACAAUUUCGAAGAUCUGCAAAUCACGAUCAAAGAAUAUACAGGUCUUCAGCGUCAAUCACUGAGAAGUAAGACGUUGAAAGCCUUUCGUGAGGGGGAAAUACAAGUACUAGUCUCAUCGGAUGCAAUGACUCGUGGAAUGGACGUGGAAGGGAUUAAAAACGUAAUUAAUUAUGAUAUGCCACCUUACAUAAAGACAUAUGUUCAUCGUGCUGGUAGGUCUGCGAGGGCUGGACAAGAUGGAUGUUGCUUUACAUUAUUGCAUAAAGGAGAGGUUAGACGGUUCAAGAAGAUGUUGGAGAAAGCUGAUAGCUCAAGUACGCCUUAUACAGUUCCAUCAGAUUCAAUUGAAUCACUUCGUAGCACAUACGCUUCAGCACUGGAGAAACUAAAAGAGAAUGUUCAAUUGGAGAAUCAGAAGAAGAGAAAGACUAGUUUCAGGUCUCCUGCAGCACGAACAAAAAGAAGAUUAUAAGUAAAAUGAUCUUUCGAGAUUCAUUUGGAAACACCUCGAUAGAGUUGAGAUCGCAUUUGACAACUGAAUUUAGUUGGAAACUGAUUCAGAUAUCUUUUUUGAUGGUUUCUCAUAUGAAUACAGAUAUAUGUAAGUUUUUUCAAAUAGGCCAUUGUAACCUGUUCUCUAGCUUUAAGUUCUCUUUAUUUUA